UCUCGGUUCCUCUUUAUCAGCUGCUGAUCUCGUGUUUGUUGGUGUCGGUCUGACUCACUUGUCAAAACAGGCUUCCUCUGACAACGGUUACUUCUCCUUUCUGAGCUCAGAGACGCAGAGGAUCCUCGACGGGAUGGACGACAACGAGACCUACAUGAAUAAGAAACCCACAAAAACUGACAUACAGGCUCCUUCCCGAGACUAUCUGAACUCCACCUACACCGAGCUGAACAUUCGGAAAGUCGAACGCUUCCCCAAUACACAAACAGAUGGACUGGACCCCACCUACUCUCAGCUGAACCUUCUUCACAAUGAUCUUCUCAUCGCGAAGGAAGAAGAUCCUCCUAUUGCUUCGAGACCAGGAAAAAUGCCAAUGACUGCUCAGGCAGACGGUCUGAACUCCAUCUACUCAGUGGUGAAACGACCGGAAGACGAACUUCACAUCGAUGAUUAUGACGUUCCUCCCAUUGCCUCCGGACCCGCCGAAAUGUCACAGACAGACGGUCUGAACUCCACCUACUCAGUGCUAAAACUACCGGAAGACGAACUUCACAUCGAUGAUAACCAUCCCAUUGCCUCGGGACAUGCCGAAGUGUCAGUGGCUGCAGAGACAGGUGCGCAGAAACAGGAGCCGAAGCAGAACAUCGGAAAUCGAUCCGUCCGUAAGAUCUCCCUACUCUGUCUCGUUACGAUCGGCGUCGCGAUGGUGGCCGGGCUUUCGAUCUAUGUAUCGCAGACUCGACAGUCUCUGAUCACCGCCGACCGAAACUACCGGAGACUUUGGGAACAACAUCAGGAGAUGAACAGGACCCAGCGCCAAUAUCAACAGCAUGUCCAUGAGUUGAACACAACCCUUGAAUCCAGGACAUCCGAGAACUCCCUCCUGGAUCUCUCUCAGAGAACCUGCCUGAAUAGUCUUUCCGCCAUGAACAACAACCUGACUAUCCUCGAAAACAACAUUUCCGUCCUCAACUCGGAUCUCUCGGAGCUGAAUCGAACGCACAACGAUCUCCGUUAUCAGUUCAAUCAGCUCGAAAUGAAGUACAGAAACAUCACCGAAAACAAAGCUCAGAUUUGCCAAUACCUUAUUAGGAGAACAGUUGCAGAACAAACGUGUCCGCAAAUCUGGAUCAAAAAUGAAGACCGGUGUUAUUUCAUAUCCAAGAUCGCAAAUACUUAUGAUGGAGCGAGGCAACAUUGUUCAGAAUUUGAUUCAGGGCUCCUCGAAAUAAAUUCAAACAAGGAAAAGAAUUUUGUUUCUAAUGCUGUCUAUCAAUCUGUAUCAUACUGGAUCGGAAAAUGCGCAAACAGAAAUGUGGCCUCUGAUCUUCUGUACAAGAUAUCCUAUGGGUCGACCAGCUGCAGUAACUGCGGCUCGUACGGGAGUUAUAAUUGCAAAUGGAAACACAGAUUCAUCUGCGAGAAGUCGGCACAUUUAGACACGGAUAUUCCUGAAGAGAUCAAAGGUUUCUGUCAACAGCCCGUGGGGCCGAGUUCAAUCAACUGACUGCACCUCACUUCUCGCCAUUCAAUCUGCCCCACUCUCAAACCAUUUCUACAUCUCCCCCUUUCUACUGUUUUUUUUUCUCUUUUUACCCUUCAUCUCUCUAAAUCAUUCCCUUUCCACCCCUCCUCUCCCGACCGAACCCCAGUCUCUGCCUCUCCUCUCACCGUUCUCUAUACACACUCUCAACCAAGGGGAAAAAAGACUGUGCACAUUCACCCUAUCUGUGCCCCUCCUGGCUUCAUACCCACGCUCCAACGAAUAUAGACACAUCCUUCUUGUCUUCUCUCCAUAUCUCAGACGCUCGAGUCCCGGCAACAUCCUCGGAAUUCUCCCGCAGACACUCUUUCCAGCUCAGUGACAUCUUUCCUCCAUGAGGGCGACCGGAACUGAACACCGCCCUCCAAAAGCGGCCUCAGUGACGCCUUGUACAACUUCAACGUGAGCUCAGCACGGUGAAAAGUUGUAAAAUUAACAUAAAUUUGGAAAAUUAAUAAAUACUGCAUACA